UCAAAUUACACAGCAACGGAGGGAAAUCCAAUUUCUCUCCCCCUUUCUCUCUCUUAAAGCGAGAGAAAAUAAAAGAAACAAAAAGAGGGGAACCCUUCGUCCCAGCGGUCGAUCCGUAGACGGAUAUCGGAAAGGGGAGAGAGGCACCAAAAUGGGAGAUGAGUGCCGCACCCCGCCGCCGAACCCUUCGAGGCCGAUGGCGUCGAAGCCCCGGCCACGGACUCCCACGGCCGCCAUUCUGCAGUCGCCGACGUCCCACGCCUUUCCUCUGGGCUCCAACGACGAUGAGCUCGAACGCGCCCAGGCCCGCGCCGCCCGCGCCGCCUCCAUCCGCCGCCGGUCCUUCGCCCCCAACCGUUCUGCCGCACCCUCCGCCCCCCACGAUCUCUUGGACCACGACCAGAUCAUGGAUCUAUUCCACAACUGCAUCAAGCUCGCAAGCGAGAAUAAGAUAAACCAGAAAAACACGUGGGAGCUGGGUCUCAUAGACCAUCUCAGCGAGAUCAUCCGAGUUAGACCCGAAGAUGAUGACGAGACCAAUUUCCAGAAGGCGAGCUGCACUCUGGAGGCUGGGGUGAAGAUAUAUUCUAUGAGAGUAGAUUCAGUGCAUUCUGAGGCAUACAAGGUCCUUGGAGGGAUCAAUCGGGCUGGCAGAGAAGAAGAAGAGAAAGAAACUGUGAUGGAUGGUGAUCAUACUGGAAUUGCUCGAGAGGAUGGGCUUUCUAUGAAAGAAUUAGAAAGGAAGAUGUCACCUUUAUCAACGCUGGAGUCAUUUUUUGAGGCUCUUAAUGUGAAAAAAAUUGAAGUGGCAUUCACUGUGGAUCCUCUGUAUCAUCAAACUUCUGCACAGUUUGAUGAAGGUGGUGCCAAAGGUCUACUAUUAAACAACCUUGGAGUAUACGAUGGCUGUCGUAUACUCUUUGAUUCAUUUGAAAAACCUGAGAGGAGUGUCUCGCUUGAAACACAAAACAACAAAAUUGAAAUGAUUGAUCUUUCAUUUUGCAAAGAUUAUGUUGAGAAGAUGAUGGUUUACAUGCCCCUGAGAAAUGACAUCUCACCAACUCUAAAGGAUAUUGUGAAUCAGUUUGAUGAAGAUAAUCAAAGGCCAUCAGACACAAAAUCUUUAGCACAAGUGCUUGAGCUUUGUCAUGAACUGGAGGAUAACAAUCUAGAGCUGGAUGAUAAUUUGUUUGAUGAUGGUGGACCUUUGAGUUUCGAUCAUGAUGACCACACAAAUGUCAUUCAUGAUAGCUCCAUUAGCCCAAAUCCAAAUUCCGCUAGCCAUCAAGAGGAAAAUGGUGAAUAUAUGUUGGAUGAUCCAGAUAUAGGUGAAAAAUUCGAGAAAAUCACUUGUUUCUUGUCUCUAGGCUUGGGAUUUACUUCAAAAUCAAAUGCAUGGGCAGGUCCUGAUCAUUGGAAGUAUCGAAAAGUUAAAGAACAAGUUCCAGUUUCAGCUAGCGAACCAGAGCUAGUAACCAAUAAGGCAAAGAACAGAAAAGAAGUCCCUGAUGUUGACUUCAUGAAAUUACUGGACAAUGAGAUGCCACCUGUCUUUACACCCCCGAAGAAUCCAAGAUCAUUACUACUACCCAUGAACAAAGUGCCCUGCAAUAUCACACUUCCAGAAGACUGUCACUACAGUCCUGAUACUCUGGUCAAAUUGUUUGUUCUUCCUAAUGUUAUGUGUCUGGGGAAGAAAGGAAGAAAUUCCUCUGAUGACAUAAAGCAACAUACUGAUACAAACAUUCCAUUGACAUCGUGGGACAAUGAAAGUAUGAACAAUGAUCCGUGUGAUGAUGGAAAUGUCUAUAGUGAUCAUGAAGAUAUAGGUAUUCUUGUUAGCCAGCCACGCCAGGUAAAUAAAGUCGAUAUUCAGUAUGACAAAGUAUCAAAACAGGUUGAUGUUCAUGCAUUAAAAGAUAUGCUCUGGAAUCAUAUACAAGAAUCUGUUCAGAUUUCUGGUGUGGAACAUGAGGCUACAGUGUCUCUAAGGCAGGUUUUACUUCAGUUUCCAAGUGACUGCCCUACAACUCCGGCCAAUGACAUCUCCCCACACCUGUUUUUCAUCUGUCUCCUACAUUUAGCUAAUGAGCACUGUUUGAGCAUCCACGAUUGUCCAAGCUUAGAUGAGCUUGACAUCCACAUUCCCUCUGCAGCACUUGUGAAGUGAUGUUCAGAUUAGCAGCUCACAUUGCCACAUGCCAAGCUGCAACAUAUUGCUUAUAUUUUUCCACUGAGCCACAAAAAGUACGUUGUGCUACAGGGUUUUGAGGUUUAUGCUGUGCUCAGAUGAAAUAAAGCAUGCACUUUUUUCAUGAUAUGUAUUUCAUUUACUUCAUGUACACUGCUUUGGUUUAGUGUGUCAGACUGAGUACGGAAUGACUUCAUGGAGCUGUCAAAGGCCACUUGCAUUUGUCAUUGAGAUCUGAAAUUAGACUUGGCAAGCCAUUGUUGCAAUGUGAAGCAUUGUUUUAAAGCUGCUUCUUAAGAUGAGUUUAAAACGCAAUGCAAAUUAUAUGGAGCAUAAUGUGCUCAUGGUAGCAAGAUCCAUCAGCAAACUUCUAGUGUACUAAACUCACAGAAUUUAUAAUGUGAACUGACUGCAGUUGGGCCAACUGGGGCUUGAAUUCUGAA